AUGUCAGCUUUACAAGGAGUUAAGUACGUUGGUGUACCAAUGCAUAUUCACCUGGGUAUCUGCAUUCCUCCUAGCGCCUGCAAGAACAAGUUGUUACUGCUGCUGCUCUCAACCUACUUUCCAAGCAAACAGUCAACCAGCUCCAUUGUGGCUCUGAAUUACAAACCAACAGCACAAUCAUGUGGACCACAGUGCAGAACUGAGCCACAAUCCAUCACCGAGACUGAACCACGCCCCACCACCGAGACUGAGCCACAAUCCAUCACCGAGACUGAACCACGCCCCACCACCGAGACUGAGCCACAAUCCAUCACCGAGACUGAACCACGCCCCACCACCGAGACUGAGCCACAAUCCAUCACCGAGACUGAACCACGCCCCACCACCGAGACUGAGCCACAAUCCAUCACCGAGACUGAACCACGCCCCACCACCGAGACUGAGCCACAAUCCAUCACCGAGACUGAACCACGCCCCACCACCGAGACUGAGCCACAAUCCAUCACCGAGACUGAACCACGCCCCACCACCGAGACUGAGCCACAAUCCAUCACCGAGACUGAACCACGCCCCACCACCGAGACUGAGCCACAAUCCAUCACCGAGACUGAACCACGCCCCACCACCGAGACUGAGCCACAAUCCAUCACCGAGACUGAACCACGCCCCACCACCGAGACUGAGCCACAAUCCAUCACCGAGACUGAACCACGCCCCACCACCGAGACUGAGCCACAAUCCAUCACCGAGACUGAACCACGCCCCACCACCGAGACUGAGCCACAAUCCAUCACCGAGACUGAACCACGCCCCACCACCGAGACUGAGCCACAAUCCAUCACCGAGACUGAACCACGCCCCACCACCGAGACUGAGCCACAAUCCAUCACCGAGACUGAACCACGCCCCACCACCGAGACUGAGCCACAAUCCAUCACCGAGACUGAACCACGCCCCACCACCGAGACUGAGCCACAAUCCAUCACCGAGACUGAACCACGCCCCACCACCGAGACUGAGCCACAAUCCAUCACCGAGACUGAACCAUGCUCCACCACCGAGACUGAACCAAAUGUCAGUGAAUCCUGGAGCUAAUUUUGUGUCAGUAAGUAGAGCAAUGGCAGAGGCUGCGUAACCGUGGAGAGACCAAUAAUAUGACCAGUUGGGGAUAUCUGUGUGUGGAUUUAGAGCCAUUGUAGAUCAUUAGAGUGAUUGGAAUAAAGGAACUGUUAGGUGAUGAUUAAUGUGUAAUAUGGGCUUAAUGGAGCAGGUAGGAGUAGACCAUCUUAAAUGGACCAGAGGUUUAAAUGGAGGAGGGAAGUGAAGUACAGGUAAGUGCAGAGGGUGUGGAAUGAGAGGAGUUAAACCAAGCAGAAGUACAUGAAGGUUAAAUGGUGCCAUGGUGCCAAGUGCUGAACGGAUCAAAUGGAGCAGUGGCGAUAAAAUCUGGGGGAAGUGUAAAUUUGUGUAACAUCAAGUGGAGUAAAUCAAGUGGAUGGGUAAAUUGAGUAGUGUGGGGAGUAAAUCAAUUCAUAUGGGGGUAAGCUGAUGAGUAUGGGGUAAAUUAAGAGGUGGGAGUUUAAAUUGAGGGGUGUGCAGCUAAAUCAAGGGGAGGGGAGGUAAAUUGAGAUGUGUGGGGAUAAAGUGUAUAAUGUGAGGAGCUAUUGAGGGGUGCAGACGUAUCUCAAGUGAAGGAGGAAAUGGAAUCGUGUGGGCAACACGGGUAAUCAACAGAGGAUUGUUGACAAUCAGGAAAAGAAUAAUAAAUCAAAGUAAGAGAUCCACUGAAAAAUAAUUGUUUGGUUAUUGACGAUCUCUCUCUAAUUCUUUCUCAAAGUACCACAUAGGUUUCAAUUAGGACACCAGAAAAUAAAACAAAAAGUUCUUAGCCAUUUAAUAAACUCUUAUCAAUACAGAUCAAGGCUAGAGGCAUUCAUUAAAAUUAAUUGUUUAAACAAGGUAUUAAUUAAAGUCUAGGAGAAAAAAUAAAGCUUUUCCAUUUGAGAUUAGUUCCAUUUGAGAAGGGGCCUGGGAGACCACGUUUGGUGGAGUGUUUGAGCAGGAAUGGGCAAGUUAGAAUCAGCACCAACCCAAACCCAGGUUCAAGACUGGAGAGUUUGAGGAGCAGUGAAGGUUCCUGCCAAAUGUACGGGUCACACAUUCUGAGAGAUGAACACUCAAAGGAGCAGGAGGUCAGGAUCAUCAAUGGGUGUCGAUUGGGAAGAGGCAGGGUGUUUUGACAACGACUGCCUCUCUCAGUUCUGGAGAUUGCUGCAAUCAUGACUCCUUGAAUAAGUUGCUACAACCCGAGGAUUCCCAAACUGUUAAAUUCCAGGGAUGAAUUGGUUCACCCACCCACUCAGUUGGUUGCACCUGAGAAACGAUCCCUUCCCUUAUGGAUACUGCUUUUCCCAGACCUCAAUGAAGCCUCAA